AUGAGCCGGGCACUUGUUCCACACGUGCCUCCUGUCAUAUCUGUUAUGGACACUUGCCGUGGUCCAGGUGGCUCUGACUCACAGCGACCCAGUGGGACAGUAGAACCGCUCCAGAAGAUCUUCCAGGCCAUCGUCUUUGUAGAUAUGAUUGCCACAUUUGGCUCCCCCGGCGAUUUACUGAUUCAGAAUGCUGACUUGUUAACCAGCAGUCGAAAGCUUCAACCACUGCCCUCCAAUGCAGGCGUGGCUGUGACUGCUGCCUGCUUGCUUGCCUCUCCCACCCACACCUCCUGUGGUGAAGUACUGUUGAGUCCGUUCCGAGCCACGGAGACCCUAUGUGUAACUGAACAUAAUACUGCCGGGUCCUGUGCCAUCCCCACAACUCGUGCUCCGUCUUCUCCGACGACGACGCUCUUCAGUUUGCCAGAAGCGCGGAAGCGACUCACGAAGUCUACCAGAGAAGCCUUGAACAACAAAAAUAUCAAGCCAUUGUUGAAUACCUUCACCCAGUUACCUGGCAGCGAAAAUGAAAAAAAAAAAUGUACUCUUGAUCAAGCUUUCAGAGGUGUUCUAGAAGAGACUGCUAUAAACCAUUCAUCGUGUGAAAAUGUUCUAGCUAUUAUUUCUCUUGCUAUUGGGGGCGUACCUGAAGGUAUCUGCACUGCGUCUACACCUUCCGUGCUGCUGGGAGAUGUUUUGGAUGGUCUUCCUUUGGAUCAGUGUGACACAAUAUUCACUUUUGUGGAAAAAGAUGUUGCCACUUGGAAAUCCAACACUUUCUAUUCUGCGGGUAAAAAUUAUUUACUACGGAUGUGUAAUGAUCUCCUUAGAAGAUUAUCCAAAUCCCAGAAUACAGUCUUCUGUGGACGAAUUCAACUCUUUUUGGCCAGGCUUUUCCCUUUAUCUGAAAAAUCAGGUCUUCACCUACAGAGUCAGUUUAAUCUGGAAAAUGUCACUGUUUUCAAUACCCACGAGCAGGAAAGCGCUCUGGGUCAGAAGCACCCGGAGGACAGAGAAGAAGGAGUGGCUGUAGAAGAAGGUGAAAUGGGAGCUGAUGAAGCGCCAACAAUUUGCUCCCUUCCGAUUGAUUACAACCUAUGUAGAAAUUUCUGGUCACUUCAGGAUUACUUCAGGAACGCUGUGCAAUGUUAUGAGAAGAUUUCAUGGAAAACUUUUCUCAAGUAUUCCAAAGAAGUUUUAGCUGUUUUCAAAAGUUAUAAAUUAGAUGAUACACAAGCCUCAAGGAAAAAGAUGAACGAAUUAAAAACAGGAGGAGAACAUGUAUAUUUUGCAAAAUUUUUAACAAGUGAAAAGUUGAUGGAUUUACAGCUGAGUGACAGUAACUUUCGUCGACACAUCCUGUUGCAGUACCUCAUUUUAUUCCAAUAUCUCAAAGGGCAGGUCAAAUUCAAAAGUUCAAACUCUGUCUGAACUGAUGAGCAACCACUCUGGAUUGAAGAUACUACAAAAUCAGACUAUCAACUACUAGCUGAAACCCCACCCGAUGGAGAAAGAUUUUCAAAGAUGUUAUAGCAUAUAUUAAACACUGAAGAAAACUGGAACUCAUGGAAAAAUGAAGGCUGUCCCAGGUUUGUGAAAGAAAGGUCAUCAGAUUCCAGGCCGGCAAGAGUUCUACGGAAAAGAAGAGCCCCGGAGGACUUUCUAGGGAAAGGACCCAACAGAAAAAUUCACAUGGGAAAUCGGGAGCUAACAAGGCUUUGGCAUCUCUGUCCUGAUAAUAUGGAAGCUUGUAAAUCAGAGACAAGGGAGUACAUGCCAACUUUGGAGGAAUUUUUUGAAGAAGCCAUUGAACAAGCAGACCCUGAAAAUAUGGUUGAAAGUGAAUAUAAGGCUGUGAACAAUUCAAAUUAUGGAUGGAGAGCACUAAGACUAUUAGCACGGAGAAGCCCUCACUUCUUCCAGCCAACCAACCCGCAGUUUAAAAGUUUGCCAGGAUAUCUUGAAAACGUGGUAAUAAAGCUAGCCAAGGAAUUACCACCUCCUUCUGAAGAAAUAAAAACAGGUGAGGAUGAAGAUGAGGAAGAUGAGGAUGCUUUACGGAAGGAAAAUGAAAGUCCUGGUGUCCGGCGAGACAAACCUGGAACUGGGGAACAGAUAGAGUUCUUUGCCAACAAACUGGGUGAACAGCGGAAGGUGCUGGCUCCCUUCUUAGAACUGAAAGACUCUGAGAUCCGGACUGUCACCCUGAUCCUGGAGCUUCUGAAGUUAGCUGUCUGUCUAGGAAUUGCUGUUGGUCUCCAUUUAAAACCCCAGGCAUCCCCUGGUGUUUUGAAAAAAUGGAUUCCUGUUCUAAAGUACCUGUCUCCCAGCGAAUUGACUGUUAUCCAGAGGCAGGGGCCAACGAAGCUUCCUGUGAAACCCGUGGGUGCCACUGGUGCCCUACUAACAAUGCCACUGCCCCAUUUUGCUUCUAUAACUCCAAAGAAGAAGCUGAGUGUGUCUCAAGAUUUCCUGUUAAUAAGCGCAUCGAUUGCCAUCCUCAACCUGGGGCGUCUCAGAAAACCUGUGAAGCUAAAGGCUGUUUCUGGUGUUCUACAAGUCUCGCCAAUAUACCCUGGUGUUUUUACCCAGCAGAUGGUCCAUAUGGCUACACUUCAAAUGGCCAAGUUUACAAGACCGCUAAAGGAUGGAGGUACAUAUUUCUUAGGGUUUUGGGUGGGCAAUUUUACUGCCUAG